AUGCUCAACCUCCACGCUGCGGUUCUUGGUGAUGCACAGGAUAACCAACAAGAUGACGCUGUGCUCGCUGCGCGCUUUCAGCUUAGAGGUGGAGAUUCAUCGCUUAAGCACAUUCUAUGUCAUAUUUUCUACCUAUGUAUCCAAAUUACAUAUGUACAGCCCGCAUCGCACAAGCUAAUCAAGGUUGGCGAUGCCCCGAUAGGUGAAAGGCAGCCCGAACACACAAAGAAGUCCAAUGCGUCAUCCCGUCGUGGACUUGCAGAACGGCCCAUGCAAGGGAGGCUGAACUCGGUGCCACAGCGUUCUGCACAAGCUGGUGUCCGAGAAGGAUGUUGGAAAAGGAAACUGAACAAGACGAUCUUGACCAGAGCUGGGGAGAAGACGUACGGAAACGGUGCCAUCACCAGUGUCAGGAAAGCAAGCAACGAAGUCGCCCAGUGA